CCCCUCUCUCUUCCACCAGUGGUGUCAUGGGAGGAGUUUGCGUUGGGACCCACAAAACUUUUGCGUGUGCGCGUGUUUCGACGCCACGCCUCUGUGCGUUUUCCUCCGCGCGUUGAUUUCAUACCAAACUCAUACUUGGCAUUCCGCCUUAUUCUGUCAAACACGAUUUUUUUUUUUCACCGAGGAAAUACUCGCGACACGUAAAGCAAAAGCCGCCCCAGAAACAAAGUUUUCCGUGGCGGAGUGUGUUUGUGUAGCAGCGGGGCAGGAGAGCCAUUGGAAGGCUUGUUGUGGCCAGGAGCCGUCAUCAUUGCGUCGGAGUGGAGUUGCCGUGGCAGCCCUGACGGGGCGCAGGAGGAGGAGGAGGGUGGCAAUGGAGAAGGAGCGGGAGACGGGUCAGACCGUGGAUUGGAUGGGGACCCCGAGGGAGUGUGGAGUCCUGACAUCGAGCAGAGCUUUCAUGAGGCUCUGGCCAUCUACCCGCCCUGCGGCAGGAGGAAGAUCAUACUUUCAGACGAGGGGAAGAUGUAUGGUCGAAAUGAGCUGAUAGCUCGCUAUAUCAAGCUACGAACAGGAAAGACGCGCACACGCAAACAGGUGUCUAGUCACAUUCAGGUUCUGGCACGUAAGAGGGUACGAGAAUACCAGACGAGCAUCAAGGCCAUGAACUUGGACCAGGUAUCCAAAGACAAGGCACUGCAGACUGUAGCCAACCUCUCAUCAGCUCAGAUUGUGUCUGCUAGUGUAAUGAAACCCCAGACUCCGUUCCCUCCACCAGUCAGAUUUUGGCCAGGCCCUAUGCCAGGACAGCCUGGACAUUCUCAGGACAUCAAGCCCUUUGCACAGCCACCAUACACUACACUACCAGCCCCUGUCCCUCCACCCAUCAGCUAUGAGCCCCUUCCUCCCCCACGCCCCGCAGCUCCUGUAUGGCAAGACAGAACCAUUGCCUCAGCAAAACUACGGCUACUGGAGUACUCUGCUUUUAUGGAGGUCCAGAGAGAGAGGGAGACGUAUAAACACCUUUUCGUGCUCAUCGGCCCGUCAAACCCAGGCUACAAUGACCCUGUAUUAGAGUCCAUAGAUGUGAGGCAGAUUUACGACAAGUUCUCUGAGAAGAAAGGAGGCCUGAAGGAGCUGUAUGAAAAAGGGCCUCACAACGCAUUCUUCCUCGUCAAGUUCUGGGCGGACCUGAGCAGCGACAUUGAGGAGGGUUCCGGUGUGUUCUACGGCGUGAGCAGCCAGUACAGCGGAACAGAGAACAUCACCAUCAGUGUCUCCACAAAGGUCUGCUCCUUUGGCAAACAGGUCGUCGAGAAGGUUGAGACGGAGUACGCACACAUGGAAGGGGGGAAGUAUGUGUUCCGCAUCCAUCGUUCACCCAUGUGUGAAUAUAUGAUCAACUUCAUCCACAAACUCAAACACCUGCCAGAGAAAUACAUGAUGAACAGUGUACUGGAGAACUUCACCAUCCUACAGGUGGUGUCCAACAGAGAGACUCAGGAGACUCUGCUGUGCAUCGCCUUUGUGUUUGAAGUGUCCACCAGUGAACACGGAGCACAGUACCACGUUUAUCGACUUGUUAACGACUAGCAGCACGUUGCGUGCAUGCAGAGACUCUCCAGACUUUUUGAUACAUACAGCGUAAACACUAUGUCCAGCUCAAACACACAGAAUCCCCCACUCCUCUACUCUAAACACACACUUGUUUUAACCAACAGUCACACCCUUUACAUUGCUGCAAACUAUGCACAAAUUUCCGAACAAAAUCCCAUAAAUUGAACACUGAAGCGAAAUUAAGUUUUAGAGAUUUUGACCAAAACAUAUCGUUAUUAUCGGUCAGUGUUGUGAUGUUAGUCAAUGUAAUAAUUCAGUCACAUAAAUGUCUCACCUUGUGAAACUGAUCAACACAAAAUAUCACAGUUCCACAAUGACUAUAAUGUCAUUUUAUAGUACCUCUGUUUGAAUAAGCCUAUAAUGGUGUGUCCUUGUUUUACUGUUUAGUUUUGGAACCAUGAUUUCCAAGUUUAAUCAAAACUUUAAGGGAUCAUAUGUCAGAAAGUACGAGUGUGCCUCUUCCCAGAAUGCAAUGCACUACAUGUAAAGGCAUAAAAGUCGUAUUUAUAUUUGAAAGACAUUGUCAGAGUGUAAAGAGAGCCAUCCUCUUAGGUGUAUUUGCCGUUUUUAAGAUUUCUGGUGGUAAAGCGCGUGGAGGGGGGAAUAACUUUAGAUCAAAUGUAAAGGAGGUGUUUCAGUUUUGCUCACUUUUAUUUUAUUUUAAUUUUUUUGAAGCAAAAUAACCAGAUACAGUUCACAUUUUGGUGUCAGCAGCAUUUUGAAUGAAAAAAGUUACCUUUCACCGUUCAUUCACACAAAACUGUUUUUAUUCUGACUGUGUGGACUUGCUGCAGUAUUUCUACCUCCAUGUGAGAUGGGAUAAGAAUGUGCUUUGGUUCAUAAAGCCUUAACCUGAGGAGCACUGAUGUAUAGGACAUGUACACUACACUUGUAAUGGUACUGUUUAUAAGCCAAAACAAGGUAAAUAGACUCGUUUUUGUAAAGAUGAACUAUCUUUUUUUGUAUUUUACCAGCACAGCUAGAAGUGUUACUCUAAACAUCAGAAAUGAUGGGUGUUUUGGUUGUAUCUUUUUGAUGUAUGCAAAAUGAUGUAUGGUACAGACCACACUAAGGUCACCCACAGUGCACUGGGGUAGAUUUUUGCCUGAUAACACUAACAAAUUAUCCAGCUUACACUUGCUUUUUUUUCUUUGUUUCUAUGUAAUGUUUUUGGUUUCUGGUACAUGUUGCUACCAGCAUUUUUUAUAUGGUAAAUGUUAUUUUGACACUAAUACACCCUUUCCUGGCAGGAUUAUCUUUAACCAUGUGGAAGGUGGCAGUGAUUUAUUUCGACUAUUAAGGUAAAAGCCGACUGGUUCAGUUUUAAAUAACCAUAUUCACUGUGUUCAGCCAAAAUUGUUACUCUUUUAUUUUUCCCAUCAGUGUACUCUGGUUGGCUGUGCCUCGCCACUCCUUCGCUAAAGUCUGUUCAGUGAAUUAAAUCUGUGCCUUUAUGCUGUACCAAUAAAAUUAUGGUGUUUGCAGAA